CAAUAUCAUAUUAUCUGUACAAUAGUAUGAUGUUGAACAGGGGCGUUCGGUAGUGAAGCCGAUCCCUACUCAAGUAGAUCAUACAAAGACGUGGUUGAUCACAACAUCUUUUCAUUAAAGAUCUUUUAUAAGCCCUUUUCCCUCUCUUUCAACUAUUUUUCAUAUUUCAAUUACAUUACAGCUGUUGAAAAUGCCCACGCCUGAGAACACCCCACGCCUCAGAGUCAUCAUCAUUGGCGGCGGACUGAGUGGUCUAACAUUAGGACAACUUCUUACAGAUGUUCCGAGCAUCAAAGUUACGCUCUAUGAGCGUAGUAGAGGCCCGGUAGACCGGCUUUCGGGAUAUCGGGUUAUGUUAUCUUCUUUUGUUCUUCGAAAUUUAAAAGGAAAACUUCAACACGAUGUGUGGCAGGAGAUUGCGCCCAGUAUUGGUGUCCAACCAGGUGGAGGUCAAGAGAUGAGUUUCUUGAAGAGCACUGGCGAUCCAAUAUUCACGUGGCUACCAGCAGAGAUACAAGACGAAUUUUCUGUAUCACGCUGGCGUCUUCGAGAAGGCCUGUUGCAUUGGAGCGAAUCUUUUGCGCGAUUUGGCAAAAAAUUUGACAGAUAUGAGACACUGCGGAACGGAGUAGUGAGGUGUCACUUUACGGACGGUUCGAUAGACGAGUGCGACUUACUGGUUGGCGCCGAUGGUAUAAACUCUAGAGUCAGAGCACAAAUGUUUCCACAUUCCAGGAUACGACCUAUCGAUGUGGCAGUGAUAUACUUCAAGAUCCCGUUAACUCCGGAAACGUUUAAGUUGGCGGGCUCACAUAGUGGAGUUAUGGUACAGUGUCCCCAAGCCUCCUAAAAUGGUAAUCUACUAUACUGACUGCAUGGUAGGCCUUUUGUCCUGGGAACCAGAAUAUUUUGGUACAUUCAUGGCAAAAUCCAGUGAAGCCUUGGGCGACAGAUUACACAGCAGACGAUAUCGAACCUUGUGAAUCAUUUAUCAUGUAUGGCUACGGCAGUCCAGCGAAUUCCUUCAUCAAUAAAACCAAACCACCAGAAGAAUUAAGUCCGGCCGAAUUGAAGGCCGAGAUUAUCAAUCGUUCGAAAGCCGACAAUAACAUACACUCCAACUUUCUAAAAUUAGCUGAGAUGUGCUUGGCAAACACUGUGUAUCUUCACAUGGUGAAGAAGUGCGAUUCGGUAAAACCGUGGGACUCGACCAACGUUACAUUAAUUGGUGAUGCAGUUUUUAAGUAUGUAUUUAUAAUUUAUUGUGAUAUCUGUAACAUGUGACUGACCUCUUACUCAAGCAUCAUGACAACCUUAGGAAAGGGAGCUAAUUGCGCUCUUCUUGAUGCUGUUUCUCUCGCCGAAACACUGUCGCCCCCCUCUUCGCCGCAGUCAAAGUUUCAAGGCGAAAAUGUCCAGCUCACCUCAGAAUAUACGCCGCGGCCACCGCAAAAGCUUAUGGGCACAGCAGAGCUUCGACCCGCGCUUCGAACUUUUGCCGCGGAGAACGUCAAACGCCGCCACCGGGAGCGACAAAGAAGUGCAUUCCUCCAGAAUUUGGUUUACUUUGGUGAUAAUAAAUUCAAGGAAUACUGCAGGGAAAGAGUGCUGAAAAGUGCUCUCGGAUGGGUUGAAGGAACAAAAGGGAUGAAAAAGGAAUUAUAUGGUGCAAGGGGUGAAACGAGAAAUGUUGGUGGACUAUUAUCUCCCGACAUAGUACCGAACGACAGCCUUGGAAACCUUGACCGUGCCGAUGUGGAAUCAAUUAUUGAAAGACAGAGUUUCCUAGAAAGAGGCUGGGGGCUUGUAAGACCGGAUGAGUUGGACUCCGAAUGUGUAAGCGUUGCGUCGACUUCAACAGGGGAAUCGAAGAGUACAAAGGCUUCUUCAUCAGAGGUAAAUUUGACUGAAUGUCUGGCUAGAGACAACGCCUGAUUUUGGCAGGUUGGGGGCGGGGGAUAUGGUUGGACUGUUUGGUACUGGUAUACCCGGUUAUGGCGAGUUCAUAACACAUGACGGAUAGACUGGACAGCGAAAUUUAAGUACAUAUGGGUUUAGAUGAUUUUGAAGGCGUCUUUUUUUGCUAUAAUUACUCAGCUAAAAUAUGUUUAAUUUUAUUUCGAGACAAGUUGUUGAUGCAAGUUAGUGCU